AUGAAGUACCUAGGCAUUCUGCUCGCUGCCUUUGCCUGUAGCGUGGUGGCAGCCAAGGCAGCCCAAGAAUCGGGCCUAAAUCAGAUGACAUUUGGACUGGACAACUUUUGCGACGUCCAACCCGACUUUGAACCGACGGAAUGCAAGAAGCUACAACGCAACAAUUGCACUGGGCCCACGCCGGAUGGUAGAGGCGGCAUGAAGCGAAGAACAAACGAAGGCAUCAUCCUCUGUACGAUCCUCGAACUGGAAUCUCUGGACAUCAGGAAAUCUGGAAUGUCUUCUGAAAGGGCAAGUAUCCAUGGCCGCGUCACGCUCGCCCAAGGCCGUCUGUCUGGCGUGACUAUUAACCCGUCGACAGCAUGCAUGGACCUUUUAUCUGCAGAUGGUACUGUUAAACAGCACAAAGAUGUCAUGCGAACCCUCGAUAGCAAGUGA